AUUUUUAGUGAUAUAUUUUAGUUUAUCUUUAUAGAGAAGAUUAAAUAAAAUAAAAUGGUUUAAAUAUUUUGAAUAGACUUUAACAAAAGGAACGCUUCCGGUCCACAAAAAUCGCCGCUAGACGGCGCCUGCUGUUCAACGUCACUCGAGUGUAAUGUGUAUCUAUAGGUUCCUUCUGUUUUGAAACCCAAGCAAGCUUCGUGAUUUAUUUCUUGUGCACAUUUAAGAAGUUUCAUAGUUAUUUGUAGUGAUAAUCACGGAAAUUUAAGAAGAUGGAAAAGAGAGUCGCUUUGGAACUACGAGGAAGGAGCCCUUCGCAGAUAAAAGAACUGAAUUUGGACAACUGCAGGAGCACAAACAUCGUUGGACUUACAGACGAAUAUAUAAAUCUGGAGGUGCUCAGUCUCAAUAAUGCAGGUCUUACAACCCUCAAAGGUUUCCCUACAUUGCCCAAGCUGAGAAAACUAGAGCUAUCAGACAACAGAAUAUCGAAUGGCCUCAAUUUUCUCAAUGGUUGCAAAAAAUUGACACAUCUCAAUCUUUCUGGAAACAAGAUUAAGGAUUUGGAGACACUUCAACCACUGGAGGAGUUUGAGAACCUGAAAAAUCUUGAUCUCUUCAAUAAUGAUGUCACCAAUAUUGAGGACUAUAGAAGUAAGGUGUUCGCACUGCAUCCAUCCCUGAAAUAUUUAGAUGGAUUUGACAAAGAUGAUGUAGAGGCGGAGGACAGUGAUGUGGAGGAAGAAGAUGAGAUGAAUGGAAAUAAUGAUAGUGAAGAAGAAGAUCUCGAUAUUGAUCUCAGCCCACUUGUAAUAGAUGACGAUGAUACAUUAGCAAUGAGGCCGGCAGAUAAGAAGUCUUCUUUGCUUAUAUCACUGUACACUGUUUACGGUCUCCUAUUUCAUAUGGGCUAUCUUUUGAAAAGUUCAGAUGUUGAUGAGGAAGAUGAUGAUCUUUCUCUUAGUGCAGUCUACAAUGCUAAUUUGGAAGAGGAGAGUUCCGCGAGUUCAGUGUACGAGGGUUCCGACGUAGAAGAAGAGGAAGAUGAUUAUGAUGAUGAAGCCGAUGAAGAUGGUGAGAAUGAUGCUGACAAAGAACCCAACUCCAAAGCACAAGGUGGUGACGAGAACGAACACGGUAUCCCCGAGGAGAGUACUCGGGGUAAAAAGCGAAAACACGAAGAUGAGGACGAGAAUUGAUUGUUUGUUGCCUUAAGCGGAGUCAUCUUACUAGUUCGUAAGUGUACAGAGCUCCGAUGCAUCGGACAAUAAACCAUUCCUUUAGCCGAUUGCGGGCGGUCUGUGAGCGUGGCUAUUGUUUUGUUAUUAUAUGUGUUUAAACCUACUUUGAUUUUUUUUAUUUUAUGCCGUAAAAAGCUAUUAGAAAUUUGAUUGUGUUUAACAUGAAUAAAAUCUAAACGUUGUAUAAUGCACAAAACAUUAUUCUCUUUGAAUUAUAUAUAUGGAUAAUUGUGGAAAACCGAAAUAAAUGUUCAGGUCACGCUUUUUCGCCCGUACGUCGGCAGAGGUCGAACACGGUACAUUUAAUAUCACCUGUAGUUGUCAUUCGUGAGAUUGUUCCAUCUAAUGAGGCAACCCUUGUCUUGUUACCCGAGUGAAUUUUGAACAGUUUGAUGGAAUAUUAUAUCAUCAUAAAUCAUGUGAUGUCUGUUGUGUAACAUUUGGAGUUUGUUGUCCGACAAGUUGAUGUUUCGAUUGAAUUGUUUAUGUAAUAAUUUUUUUAUUCUAUUGACAUGCUUAAUUUUAGUCUAAUCAUUGAAAUGAAAGUGCAUGAAUUUAGAAGUAAAUAGCUCUCAAAAUCUACAAUUUAAAUGUUAAACUUAGAAUUAUUAAGUAAAUAAACUUGGAUAAAUAAAAAAUUUAUGUGCCCUCAUUCCUUUAUAUACUAAAUUCCAAUGUGGGGAUUUCCGCCUGUAUAUUCAGUAGACUUUGUGAUCAUACAAAAAUAUAUUGUUUCUAUGAAAAAAUAUUCCCAUUUUCUGUAAAGUUGUAAAAUUCUAGUGAAUUUGUUGGUUUAUUUUUUGUUGAUUCUAUUACGAGAAAAAUGUCUCUUAUAAUACAAAAUAAAUUUUGUCAAUUACCUAGUAUAUUGGCAAACCAAAAUAAUGUAAGUUUCUUUUAUACAAAAUACGAUAAUGAUGUAUAAAAUGAAAUUUUAGGCAAACAACAUGAUGAUACGAAACCCAUAUUGAAAUGGAGUUUGUGUACCAGUAAAUUUGUAAUCUCACUAAUGAUAACGAUGCUCAUCAGUUUUACAUAGACACCAACGGGCGUAGAUAAUAAAAAAUAAAAUCAUAUUUAGACUAAAUUGUCGAACAUCUGAUGAGUUCAGAGAAUAUUUUUCUACACUAUUUUUUAAAUCUUAAAAGAGCAAUUUAUGCACGUAUGUAUAAUAUCAAUGAUAAUUUAUGAAAUGUUUGGUUGAUGCAUCAUGGUGAAAGUGCCAGAUAUGUUGAAGAGAAUUUUAGUUAAUAAUUUUAUUGUAUUAUGUAAGUCAUUAAGUUUAAGUAAUUUACAACUUGGCCUGUUGAUAUAUAUUAUAUAAUCCUAUUAAGACUUUAUUUCUGGGAUUGUAAAAUAAAAGAUAAAUACGA